AUGGGAUCCUCAAAGAAGCAGACCGCCGUGCCCGUCAGGACAAAGGUCCCGAGCCCAGAAGAGGUUGAGAAGCGUAACACUGUCCAUAUCAACGCCGAAACUGUCACCAAUGUCACAUCCACCGACUUUCCCGGCUUCUACCCCGGCGAGGACCAUUCCUGGGAUAUUGAAAAGUUCCGCGAAAGUGUCCGCGUAGUGUUUCACCAGAACGACCCUUAUGAGGCUCAAUUCUCGCUCAUUGGCGUCGACGCCUCUAUCGCCAAUGCCUUCCGCCGUAUCAUGAUUGCCGACAUCCCCACGCUGGCCAUCGAGGACAUUUUCAUGUGGAACAACACCUCUGUGAUCCAGGACGAAGUUCUUGGCCAUCGCCUGGGCCUGAUCCCGUUCACCGGCGGCAAGGAAGGCCUCCAUAACUUCCUCAAGUGGUACAAGAAGGGCGAGACCCCGUGCGACUACAACACGGUCGAGCUCGAGCUCAAGGUCAAGUGCGAGAACAACGAGAGCGCGCCGGCAGACAGCAAGGACCCCAAGGAGCUCUACCACAACGCCCAUGUUUACGCCAAGGACAUCAAGUUCGUGCCCAAGGGCCGGCAAGCCAAGUACUUCUCGGGCGAGAACGCCAUCCGGCCCACGAACCCCGACAUCCUCGUCGCCAAGAUGCGGCCGGGACAGGAGAUCGAUCUGACGAUGCACAUGCACAAGGGCGUCGGGUCCGAUCACGCCAAGUUCUCCCCCGUUGCCACGGCCUCGUACCGCCUCAUGCCGACCAUCACCAUUCUCGAGCCGAUCCUGGGCCGCGACGCCGAGAAAUUUCAGAAGUGCUUCCCCGAGGGCGUCAUCGGGCUGGAGAAGGUCACCAAGGAGGAGGCGAAGAAGAAGGGUAGCGGAUACGAGGGCCACGAGGGCGAGCUCAAGGCCGUGGUCCUGGACGCCAUGCGUGACACCGUCAGCAGAGAGUGCUUGCGCCAUGACGAGUUCAAGGACAAGGUCAAGCUGGGCCGAAGGAGGGAUCACUUCAUCUACCUGGUGGAGAGCACGGGACAGUGGGAAAGCGACGCCAUCUUCCUCGAAUCGAUUGCCCACCUCAAGGAGAAGGCGAAGAGGUUCGAGAAGCAGGUGGUGAACAUGGUACAGUAA